GCCCGACCGCACAGGAAGUAGAGAAACUAGCAAUUAGCAGUUAGCCAGCCGUUAGCAACCUAAAGGGACGAGUUUGCGUCAAAACUCUCAACUCGAAAUGCUUUAUAAUGCAUCAUGAAGUGCAGUAAAGUUUCAUUUAAUUAGAAGAAGUGCUUGUUGUCGUUAAAACCAUGUCGGGAAGAAAACGAACAAAAGAUAGGGAGAGUGAGGACAGAAGGGAGCACAAGAAACACAAGACAUCCAAAAAUGAACUGGACAAACUGAAGACACAAACGAAGAAACUCAACCAAGAGGUACAAAAACUGAAACACAUCGAGACUUUUUAUGAAAAACCCCCACCAGGGUUCAUUAAGGAGCACGAGGAAAAACCAGAAGACUGUAUUCCUGCUGAUCCUGGAAAUGAAGACGCCAGGAACUUCCUGGCAAACGCCCCCACCAAGGGGCUCUGGAUGCCUCUGGGGAAGGAGGUGAAGGUGAUGCAGUGUUGGAGGUGCAAGCGCUAUGGUCACAGGACAGGAGACAGGGAGUGUCCUUUCUUCAUUAAAGGCAACCAGAAACUGGAGCAGUUCAGAGUUGCUCAUGAAGAUCCCAUGUAUGACUUAAUCCGAGAAAACAAAAGAAAUGAAAAAGAAACCAGGAUUCAGCAACUGCAGCAGCUGCUCCAGGACACCACCUCUUCCUCCUCAGACUCGGACAGCUCUUCCUCGUCGUCGUCUUCUUCUUCGGACCAUCAUCGCAAGAAGAGGAAAAAAAGGAAGGACAAGAAGAAGAAGGAGAAGAAAAAGAAGAAAAGGAAGCGAAAGCACAAAUCGUCCAAAACCGACAACUCCGAUUCAGACUGAAGCUGAUGUAGGAAGGGCAAAAUGUGGAACUUGGAUGUAAAAUCCAGUUUGUCCUGCAGAGUGCUCUGGGGAGGCUCAUUUAAGCCUUUCUCAGAGAAUUCACACUGUAAAACUGUAAAUCCACUAUGCAUGACUUCUCUCAGCUGUUUGGUUCCCCUCUCUGUCAUGAUUUGGCCAGAUCUGCAUGAUGAUAUGAAGACAAAAAAAAGAAGCAUUAUUUCUGAUUGUACUUUUAUUUCUUUUAUGUUAAGCUGUUCAUUUCAUCCAACAGUGAUUGUAGACGUGUUGAAUUCAGAGAGGUGGAAAAACUCCUAAUAAAAAGCAGCAGUUGGUUCAUGUUUUCCGCUGCAGCCAGAAUGUUUGAAUGCUUGUAAAGGCCCAGAAAUGUUUGGAAUGACUUGAGGUUGGAAUAUGCUUAUUUGCUCUAUAAAAAAAAAAGACCACAGAAAUGAGAAAAGAUUGUAUGUGAAUAAAUUGUCUGUGUCCAGAGGAUAAA